AUGGCAUCAACCUGUGCACCCCGAAAAAGAGCGGCAACAGUUGCGCAGGUGACCGCGGCUAUCCGUGCGUUGACGCAGCGUGGCCUAUAUCGCGAGGCCGCUCACUUUGCCCUGGAUGCUUGCGCCUGGGGCGACGACGCCGGCGGCUCCGGCGCCAAGCGCGUCCAAGGCAAUGCCUUUGUGUGCGGCGCAGCCUUCCACGCGUGCGGCUUCGUCUCCGACUCCUGGCCCUUGACCUUGCAGCUCUUGCAGCGUGCACAAGACGCCCACGUGGAACUGGACGCCAGUGCAGAAGACAGUCUCCUCCUCGCCCUUUGUCGCGGCGGCGCGCCGAGCCUGGCCUUGCAACGGCCGGUUUCCUCAGGACUCAAAGCUCUGUCCGCCGCUGCGGCACACAUGGGAAGGAGCACUGCGUGGGAAAUGUCCAUCGCCCUCCUGGCCAAGUCCUCCCACUGGGACCAAACCGCUUGGGAGGUCCUGGUGGCUGCGGCUGCUGAUGCCACGCAGUGGCCUGCGGCCUUGGCGUUGUUGGACGCCAUGGGACGGCGUUGCGAGGCGUGCGAGGACGCCAUGGGACGCCAGCGCGACCGCAGCAACACUCGCAGCGGUGGUUGGGGGCGGAGUCAGCUGGGGGAACGAGCCUGUGCGGGCGUGCAACGCUUCGAUUUGGCGCAUCAACUUCUCCACACGAACAGCCACGAUUUGCCACACGAGACGGCACUGACGCGGCUGGUGGUGAGUGCGCCCUCCGUGGGCGACAGCCGAUGGCAGUGGGCCAUGUGCGUCUUAGAUACCCUGGAUCAGCGGCAAGUGAAGGUGCCUCUGAGCACGUGCAAUGCGGUCAUCAGUGUCUGUGCACAAUCCGGUCACUGGCAACGGGCCCUCAGUGUGCUUGAGAGCAUGUGCGCAGGCUGCGGCGCAGGACCUGUACAGCGGCCAGCACCGGAUCAAAUUAGCUUCAACGGUGCCUUGAGUGCCUGUGAACGCGCCGCACGGCCGGAGGUUGCGGCGAGGCUUCUGCAGCGGAUGACCAUCUUGGCGAUUCAACCCUCUGUGACCAGUUACCUUGGUCUCAGCGCCGCAUAUGGACGCAGCACAGGUUGGCGCAUGGCCCUGUCACUCUUCUCCACUGUGCGUCGCCGCAGCCUGCAACCGGAUGAGGCCUUGUUGGUGGCCACAGCGAUGGCCUGCGGCAAUCAGGGCUUUGAGAAGGAAGCAGAGUUGAUCUUCCAAGCGCAACCAUGGCAACACGCCAGCCAGUUGCUGUCGACCAAGAUCCGGAUGCAACCGAGCGCUGCGAGCACCAGCUGCUUCACCAGCUGCUUGGAGAAAGGCUUCCAAUGGGCUCGAGCUGUACACUCCUUGGAGGAGGCGAAACAGAAGGACCUGAAGUCGCUGAAGUCUUACGGGGCCGCCCUGGCUGCGUGCCAACAAGGGGAUGCCUGGCGAGCCGCCGUGGGAGUGUUGGAGGCUGGCGUAGAAGCGCUCGAGUCGCGGCCGCAGCUUGGUUUGCUUGGUUUGGUGCCACCGGACCGGCAGAUGCAUCAGCUCAUGAUGCGGCUGCGACAGCAAUGUGAAGUGGAAGAUCCCAGCGUGCUGGCCACAGCGUCCUACUCCAUGCUCUACCAUGGCAUGCUGGAUGCGCAGCUGGCUGCGGUCUUGGAGCGGAAGAUUCUGAGACCUUGCGCCGGCCGUUUGCGCGGGAUGCCCAGAGCUGCGCAUGCUGUGCGGCUGGGGCCGUUGGCGGAUACGGUCGUGCUGAAGAUAGAGUACGCGAAUGAAGCAGCGAGGGUUGCAGAGCAGCUGCAGCCUGCAGUCGGCAGGGUGACCAUCAUGUCUCAGGAGGCACAUGCAGCCCGCGAGCUUGCUGACAGUACUCUACGUGAAGCAAAAGAACGUCAACGAGCAGGAGUGGCCACAGGAGCGCAGACCAUGAAGGUGGCAGAUCGCAUUCUGGAGCUCUAUGGCCAAGGAGGGUCGCAACGCAAGAGAUUCUGGAGUAGCAUUAGCAUGACUUUGGGGGUGCUCUCCGCCCAGGGCUUCCUCGGUGCUGCGGCGCCCUUGUUCGCUCAACGCCGCAUGCUGGCGCCGCCGGAGAAGCUGCUGCGAGGUCGCCUCGAAGCGCGACGCCUGCACCACCUCCUAGGGGCGCCUUCGGCCGAACGCAGCAGCCUUGCAGCCAAGAGCAUUCCGGCCUUUGUCACCAGCUGCCUGCAGCUGCCGGCGUCUGCGGCCUCUGCGUCGACGUUGGGACGCUUGGUGGGACACAGGAGUGCUGCUGGCGAGUCGUUACUGACCUCUGUCCUAGCGGACCAUGAUCGUUCGCAGCAUGCUGAGAGACAGGUGCACGGUGCCUGCGGUGCCGGUUGA